UUUCAAGGGCGAGAAAUGAGCUCAUCACCGUAGCGGUGCCCCUGCUGUUAGAAGCUAAGAAACGCGGCUUAUUAGCGAGAACUGUCCCGCCAGAUGAGGUAUUCCUUUUUCUUUUUUUCGUUCCCGCAUUCACCGCUGCGGCCGUAGGCUAGCUUAUUUAAGGCGGCUAUCGUCGCUGUUGUGACGUUAUUUGAGCAUUUCAGACGCAUUUUUGCCGUCAGUUUGACGUCCUGCGCGAACGAACGGACAAGCUGUGCUGCAGGAACGGCGCGGCGCGGCCUCGACGGUGUCGCCCCUAGCGGCAAGCGAGCAAAAAGUCGCGAACGGUCCGCGCCGGCGUUGUCGUCUGCGCGCGCCAGCAGCUACCGCUCGCUCGGCGAGGAGCAGCGCCGUCAAGAUGGCUGCGACGUCGUCUCCGGCGGCGUCUCGGACUUCGAGGCCGUGUGGGCCGCCGCUGACAACUGGGAUGCCGUGAGCCGGGGCGCCUGCGGUAUUGGGGUGCCGCGCGCGCGAUCCGGGACGCCGGGGGCCCCCGGUGUUCGCCCCUGAUGCAAGCCAAAAAGCGUUACCUGUUCCUCUUACUGGCUGCUUGCGUUUCGGCCCUGGUGGUUCUCUGCUACCGACACCUCGUACUCAGCGCCCAUGGACGACGCGAGACGUACGGAAGCGGUUCCCUGCGACCGUACGCGGACAGUGGCGACGUCGAGGACGUGUCGGUGUCGCGGCGACGCCUGCGCGAGGCUCUCCGCGGCGGUAGUGGGACCUCGACGGACUCCGCCACGGUGCCGCCGGACUCCCGUCGCUGCCGCAUGCACUCGUGUUUUGACUUCUCUCGGUGUCGCGGCCGUGAGUUCAAGGUGUACGUCUAUCCCUCGGAGUCGGACGCACCGCCCGCGUCGGCGGUCUACCAGCGAAUCCUGAGGGUGAUCCGCCAGUCUAGCUACGCGACCACGGACGCCUCGGAAGCAUGUGUGUUUGUGCCAGCUGUGGAUACGCUGGAUCGCGACCCGCUCAGUCCCGACUACGCGCGGACGGCCCGGCUGACCGACUCUCCGCUGUGGAACGGCGGUCAGAACCACCUGAUCUUCAACCUCUUCUCGGGCACCUGGCCCGACUACAGCGAAGAGCUCGGGCUCGACAUCGGGCUCGCGAUGCUCGCCAAGAGCAGCAUCCCGGAGUCGGCAUUCCGGCCGGGCUUUGACAUCGCGCUGCCGCUGUUCCCGAGGGCUCACCCGGAGCGCGGGGGCAAGCCGGCCAUCCAGGGCGCGGGUCCCGUUGACAAGGGCUACUUGCUGGUGUUCAAAGGCAAGCGCUACGUCUACGGCAUAGGGUCGGACACGCGCAACGCGCUGCACCACCUGAACAACGGCAGAGACGUGCUCUUGCUCACCACCUGUCGACACGGGAAGCAGUGGAUGGAGCGUCGCGACGAGCGUUGCGAGGCAGACAACCGCCUCUACGACAGGUGAGUUUGCGCGCUGCUGUUUUCUUUUCGCCUCUGUCUGGCGGCCGCGUUAACUCGACUCGCAGAAACGGAUAGCUGCAUGCGCUUCCGGCGAAACCCAGCACCAUCGUAUGUAUACGUACACAUAAACGAUGCUCCACAGCAACUCUUGCAGCUUUCCGGCACGGCACAGUACAUUCCGUGCUGGUAUUCGGUGUCGCUAAGAAUUAAGGCGUACGGAGUCUCCUUAAUGUUGGAGUUUGUGUCGAUGUGAGCCGUAUUAGAGGUCAAGUUGACAGCGAUCCCUGUGUGCGUACA